UCUUUUUCAAAGAGGGUAAGUUUUAUUUUUAUUAAUAAAAGAAAAAAAGAAAAGAGCUCAGAAAAAGCCACUGAGCACCUGGCCUGUAUUUGCCAUUGGGGCUGUUGUUUUUUCUGUUUGCUUUCUCUCUCUGUGGGUUGGUUUUGUAUGGUUCUUUCUCUCUCUACAAAUCUCGAGAUUGGCGUCUCAGAUAAAGACCGCAGGCUCUCCCUUGAGCCUCUUUUCUAACUGGGUUUUCAUUCUUGUGAUAGAGAAACUAUCUGGAUGAAGGAGAUAGGAGGCUCUCUUUGGAGGAGAGAGCCUGCCUGAGAAGAACCAAUACUGCUGAGACAGAAAGCCCAAAGCUUUAGGACUUCUCUGCCCUUCCUGGGCCUCUCUGUUUUCAUCUUUAUCCGUGGUUUUUUUGGGUGUUUUCCUUGGUGGUAUGGCGCUUUCUAUGCACAAAGAGUCUAAGCAGCAGAUGGAUUCCAGCAAGUAUGUAAGGUAUACGCCCGAGCAGGUUGAAGCUUUAGAGAGGGUGUAUAGUGAAUGCCCAAAGCCAAGCUCCAUGAGAAGGCAGCAGCUCAUAAGAGAGUGUCCCAUACUCUCUAAUAUCGAGCCCAAACAGAUCAAAGUCUGGUUUCAAAAUCGCAGGUGCCGUGAAAAGCAAAGGAAGGAAGCUUCUCGUCUCCAGACUGUGAAUCGGAAGUUGACUGCAAUGAACAAGCUGUUGAUGGAAGAGAAUGACCGGUUACAGAAGCAGGUCUCGCAGUUGGUUUAUGAAAAUGGAUACAUGAGACAGCAGCUGCAGAGUGCAUCUACAGCGACCACAGACACUAGCUGCGAGUCUGUGGUCAUGAGCGGUCAGCACCAACAACAGCAAAACCCAACACCUCAGCAUCCUCAAAGGGAUGCAAGCAACCCAGCUGGUCUACUCGCAAUAGCUGAGGAGACCCUGGCAGAGUUCCUGUCCAAGGCUACUGGAACUGCUGUCGACUGGGUCCAGAUGAUUGGGAUGAAGCCUGGUCCGGAUUCUAUUGGAAUCGUUGCUGUUUCCCGCAACUGUAGUGGGGUAGCAGCACGAGCCUGUGGCCUCGUGAGUCUAGAACCCACGAAGGUUGCGGAAAUCCUCAAAGAUCGUCCAUCUUGGUUUCGUGACUGCCGAUGCCUCGAUGUAUUGAGUGUAAUCCCUACAGGAAAUGGGGGGACAAUAGAACUCAUAUACAUGCAGACAUAUGCUCCUACAACAUUGGCAUCAGCACGUGAUUUUUGGACAUUGAGAUAUACUACAAGCUUGGAAGAUGGCAGUCUAGUGAUUUGUGAGAGGUCAUUGACAUCUUCUACUGGUGGCCCUACUGGACCCCCUGCAUCAAGUUAUAUAAGAGCGGAAAUGCUUCCUAGUGGCUAUCUAAUCCGACCUUGUGAGGGUGGUGGCUCCAUUAUUCACAUUGUUGAUCAUGUUGAUUUGGAUGCAUGGAGUGUUCCUGAAGUUCUUAGGCCGCUAUAUGAAUCAUCUAAAAUUCUCGCUCAGAAAACGACUGUUGCUGCAUUACGGCACAUACGACAAAUUGCACAAGAAACCAGUGGAGAAAUUCAGUAUGGUGGGGGCCGCCAACCUGCUGUUUUAAGGACGUUUAGCCAGAGAUUGUGCAGGGGGUUCAAUGAUGCUGUUAAUGGGUUUGCGGAUGAUGGUUGGUCGCUCAUGGGUAGUGAUGGGGUGGAGGACGUAACCAUUGUGAUUAACUCAUCUCCAAGCAAAUUCCUCGGGCCCCAGUAUAACUCAACAAUGUUUCCAACUUUUGGAGGUGGCGUGCUGUGUGCCAAAGCAUCAAUGCUGCUACAGAAUGUUCCCCCUGCUUUACUUGUUCGAUUCCUGAGAGAACACCGUUCUGAGUGGGCUGACUAUGGUGUUGAUGCUUAUUCUGCUGCAUGUCUUAAAGCUAGUCCUUAUGAAGUUCCCUGUGCAAGACCUGGAGGCUUCCCCAGUAGCCAGGUCAUUUUACCUCUCGCCCAUACAGUGGAGCAUGAGGAGUUCUUGGAGGUGGUUCGUCUAGAAGGACAUGCAUUCUCGCCUGAGGAUGUGGCUUUGACACGGGACAUGUACUUACUACAGCUAUGCAGUGGGGUUGAUGAGAAUGCAGCUGGUGCCUGUGCUCAGCUGGUUUUUGCACCUAUUGAUGAAUCAUUUGCUGAUGAUGCUCCUUUGCUGCCAUCUGGCUUCCGCGUCAUACCAUUGGAUCCUAAAACGGAUGGACCUGCUGCUACUAGGACAUUGGAUUUGGCCUCUACACUUGAAGUGGGAGCUGGUGGGGCACGCCCAGCCAAUGAGUCUGAUUUGAACAAUUAUAACCUCAGAUCUGUUCUGACUAUUGCAUUCCAAUUUACUUUUGAGAACCAUGUUCGAGACAAUGUGGCUGCUAUGGCUCGCCAAUAUGUACGUAGUGUUAUGGCCUCUGUUCAGAGGGUUGCCAUGGCUAUUGCCCCUUCCCGGCUCAGCUCCCAUAUGGGCCUAAAACCACUUCCUGGUUCUCCUGAGGCUCUUACUUUGGCACGGUGGAUUUGUCGUAGCUACAGGAUUCACACUGGGGGAGAGCUCCUUCGGGUUGACUCCCAAGGUGGUGAUGCUGUCUUGAAGUUACUUUGGAACCAUUCUGAUGCAAUCAUGUGCUGCUCCCUGAAAACAAAUGCAUCUCCAGUUUUCACAUUUGCUAACCAGGCUGGGCUUGAUAUGCUUGAAACCACUCUGGUGGCCCUUCAAGAUAUAAUGCUAGACAAGAUUCUUGAUGAAGCUGGGAGGAAGAUUCUCUGCUCUGAGUUCUCUAAGAUCAUGCAACAGGGCUUUGCGUAUCUGCCAGCAGGGAUAUGCACAUCCAGCAUGGGCAGGCCUGUGUCUUAUGAGCAGGCCAUUGCAUGGAAAGUCCUGAACGAUGAGGACUCCAAUCACUGCCUGGCUUUCAUGUUUAUAAACUGGUCCUUUGUGUGAUGCACAUAGGCUUUGCUAUAUCUUAAGUUAUAUAGUAUGUGGCUUUAGAAAAAAGUUGGUACAAUAUUACAUUAUGACAUGAAUGAAGUAUAUCAGGAUCUCAUAAACACUCUAUCUAUAUAUGUAUUGCUUAUGUUUGCUUAA